AUGGCGUCCUCCACCGCCCUCCCCCGGCACUCCCUCCUCCUGCUCCACGCAUCGUCCCCUAAAACCCCCGCCGCCGGCCGCGCCCACCUCCCCGUCCUCUCCAGUUCCUCGCACUCACAGAUCUUCGGGCUGAGGUUCUCCAGCGUCGCCGCCCCAUCCUGCUCUUCUCCGCCGGCCGCCGCCGCCACCAGGUCCAUCGUCUGCGCCAAGGUACUGCUCCGUCCUCCCCAAACCGGCGGCCUUCUGCCCAAUGCGCCACCACCAGCGACUUCAAUCCCCCGCCCUCUGUGACACAAAUCUCCGGCCUCCCCAGGUUUCCAAAGGCGAUGUGCCGCCGUCGUUCACCUUGAAGAAUCAGGACGGCAAGAACGUGAGCCUCGCCAGCUACAAAGGGAAGCCGCUGGUGCUCUACUUCUACCCCGCUGACGAGACCCCCGGCUGCACCAAAGAGGUGGGUUUGAAGAUCUCCGCCAUAUCCAUCUCCUACUCCGGUGGCGGAGCUUCUCAAGGACUGACUGACCAAUGACCCAUUCUACGGCGAACCCCUCUCUUUCCCAGGCCUGCGCCUUCAGGGACUCCUACGAGAAAUUCAAGAAGGCCGGAGCGGAGGUGAUAGGGAUCAGCGCCGACGACCCUUCCUCUCACAAGGUGCGCUCCCCUUCCCCUUGCUCGUCGUCCUCUCCGAUCGUCCCUCGGACUGACUUCUCCUUGCUUUCUGGUUUUCGCCAUGGAUGGCAGGCUUUUGCGAAGAAGUACCGGCUGCCGUUCACCCUGCUGAGUGACGAGGGGAACCGGGUGAGGAAGGACUGGGGGGUCCCUUCGGACCUCUUCGGGACCCUCCCUGGCCGGCAAACCUACGUCAUCGACCGCAAGGGUGUGGUGCAGCUCGUCUACAACAACCAGUUCCAGCCAGAGAAGCACGUCGACGAGACUCUCAAGCUUCUCCAGUCCCUCUGA